AUGAAUCCAUUUUCAUCAGGUAUGGGAUGGUUAUUCAGCUGGCUUCCUGCCUGGUGUCCUACAUCACUGCUGCACCUUAAAGAGGCUGAGGACAAAAUGCUAAAAUGUAUUACGAGCACAUACAAUAAACGAUAUGUGUAUAUAUCUAAUGGAAAUAAAAUAUGGACGCUGACGUUCUCUCCGGAGCUUUCACAUAAAACUCCGCUUGUUCUCCUGCAUGGGUUUGGAGGAGGUGUCGGACUGUGGGCUCUCAAUUUUGAAGAUCUCUGUGAGAACAGGACCGUUCAUGCUUUUGACCUCUUGGGAUUUGGACAUAGCAGCAGACCACACUUUGACACCGAUGCUCGGGAAGCAGAAAAUCAGUUUGUGGAAUCUAUAGAAGAAUGGAGAAAGGAGGUGGGGCUAGAAAAAAUGAUUUUACUUGGACACAACCUAGGUGGAUUCCUGGCUGCUGCUUACUCAUUAAAAUACCCAUCAAGGGUCAAACACCUUAUCUUAGUGGAGCCGUGGGGUUUUCCAGAGAGGCCUGACAAUGCUGAACACGAAAGACCAAUUCCAAUCUGGAUCAAAGCACUAGGAGCUGUAUUGAGUCCAUUUAACCCAUUAGCUGGGCUGAGGAUAGCAGGACCCUUUGGCUUAAGCCUUGUUCAGCGUUUAAGACCAGAUUUCAAGCGAAAAUAUUCAUCGAUGUUUGACGAUAACACCGUAGCUGAAUACAUCUAUCACUGCAAUGUACAGUCACCCAGUGGUGAAACAGCAUUCAAGAACAUGACUAUUCCUUACGGAUGGGCAAAAAGGCCAAUGCUGCAACGGAUUCCACAAAUGGAUGGAGACAUUCCUAUCACUGUGGUCUAUGGAGCACGUUCGUGUAUAGAUGGCAAUUCUGGCAGCACUAUCCAGUCUCUGAGACCAAAUUCCUAUGUGAAGACAAUAGCUAUCCUUGGUGCAGGUCAUUAUGUGUAUGCUGAUCAGCCUGAAGACUUCAAUCAGAAAGUGAAAGAUAUCUGUGAUUCUGUGGACUGACUGCCUUCUGCUCCGUAGAAAGUCAUACCACGGAUAGCAUUUAAUAGCAAUACUCUCUAGGAAAUCACCACAAAGAACGCGGAGCUAAUGGAACAGGCUCUGUUUGCACACUGGUUCUUCCAAGAAGCCGUUUGCACACUGAAACCACUUAGUGCCUUUUUUGGGAGGUAUAGGGAGGUUUGA